AUAUGACUCAUACUUUGUAAUAAUUGUGAUGUACUUGUUUAAAAUUUCCAUAGCCCAUAUUUGUGAGCUUCAAAUUUAAUAAUCUGUAUAUAUGAGCCACACCCUACUAUGAGAUUGUUGCUUCAUACCUACUUCACACAUUACCAUAACGGAUAAUUCACAAGCGCCAUACACACACCAUAAACCGCAACAACAAAUACGAAGUGAAAAAAAAAAACAGACGCACCUGCCGCAACGCACGGUAGUAAAUCAAACCAAAAAUGGCUACUACUCAGAAUGCAAGUGUCCUCAUUGAUGAUGGGGCGGCUGUUGUAAAGACGAAAGCAUUAAACUCCAUGCCAGCAGCAGCACUCCAGCAGCAGCAAUCAAAGAUAGAGAAAACGAACGUGACUUGUGCUCCGUCUUCUGAAGAUGAAUUCGCUGAUGAUAUAUGGCGUUAUCCUCAAUACCUGCUUAGAGUUCAAGACCUCCCUGAUCUCUCUUCCUCGUCCAUACCCGAAGUGGAGGAGGAUGAAACUCCUCCUAGCAUGAUCUCUGAUGAUGAUGAUGACCCAAUAACUUUUCUGGAUAAGUUCUCUGUUAUACCGUUAACUGAUGUCGUUUUACAUCCUACUUCCAGUCAGGAUCCUGCAACUCGUCAACUGAAGGCAGUGCCUCGAGUGGAGAGGAAACGACGCUUACUGAAAGCAAUGCCUCGAGUGGAGAGAAAAAGACGCUUGCCGCUCUAGUUUUGUUAAGGACCAAGUUUUUGUGCUUGAUGUUGGUACUAGUGAUGAUGUUAUAGACUCGCUUUUGUGGAGACUCAAAUACUUGGUUGGUAUCGUCUUUUGUGGCGAAGCUUGAGAUUUCCGACCGGGGGUCGAAAACGUACCCACCCAAAAAUUUCUAUAAAACAGGGGGUCGAAAACGUAUAUACCCAAAAAUUUCUAUACGAAAACUACAUACUCUCCACUACUGAGCGAAAAGUUCGAGGGGUCGGCCGCCCCAUCCCGCCCCCACUAUCCUACGCCCUUGAUCGUCUUUGUCUAAAGUAUGAAUGAACAACUAACAAUGGAUAAGUUUUAUUAUUUGCAUGAUAAUCAAAUUCUGGAUGCUUUAUUUCCUU